AGUCUCUGCUCAGUCCCUUUGUUAAAGAGUCACGGAAUCACGAGUACUUCACAUCACGCAGUGGCGAGCCUUAUAAAAGCCCUGCAGCACGGGCUCACCUCAGCACUUCCAUCACCAUGAGGGCAACAGUGGCAGCUCUUCUCCUGUGUCUUGUGGUAUCAGCAUGCCGCAGCCAAGAAACUCCACCUGGCCCUCCUGGACCAACUGAAGGGCCACAACCAACUGGCCCACCAGGACCACCAACCGGAGGUCCUGAUCCAACUGGUCAACCAACCGGAGGUCCUGAACCAACUGGACCACCAGGUCCACCAACUGGAGGUCCUGAACCAACUGGAGAGCCCCAACCAACUGGAGGGCCACAACCAACUGGUGAACCUCAGCCUACUGGAGGUCCUCAACCUACUGGACCACCAGGGCCGCCUGGCCUUUUUUAGCCUGAUGUUUUCUAGUGAUGCAAGAUUAGCGCACCUGGAAACGUUAAAGCAUUUCAGCUUUUACUUUUAUAGUUGACUUUAACUGUGUUAAUUGAUGGAAGUGUUCUUAUGUGUAAUAAAAAUCAAUUCUGAUUAAACCAGCAAUGAAAAGGCUCCA